AUGAGCUUAGAAAAUAGUAUUAAGUAAGAAACAACAAUUAAAAGUUAAAGCGGUAUUGUAUUUAGAUGCAUUGCAGUUGGUCUUGGAGGAUUUUUAUAUGGCUAUGUCCUUUCAGAAUUAACUAUUUUAAGUGGAGUCUUAGAUAUAAAGAUUUAACAUUAUAAUAAAUUACAAACAGCUUUUGUAGGAAUAAUGUCUUUAGGAGCUUGUUUAGUUUGUUUAGUUUCUGAUUAUCUUGUAAAUAAAUAUGGAAGAAGAAAUUAUAUCAUAGCAAGUGACAUAAUUUUUCUAUUUGGUAUACUGGUAGGAACAAUCUUCGUAGCAUUAAUUGAUGAUAACUUUUACAUUCUUUUAGUUGCUAGAUUCAUAAUGGGUAUUGCUAUUGGUAUGAACAGUAAUGUUGUUUCGAUGUAUAUUAGAGAGAUAUCACCAGAAUCGAUUUCAGGAUAAAAUGGGUCAAUCUUUUAGAUAUAGAUAAAUAUAGGAAUUAUAUCUGGUAUUGCUUUGAAUUUCGCUAAUGAUUAUGGAAAAUACUAUGUUUAAGCAAAUUUAUGCCCUACGGAUAACACUAAAGAUUAUCCUUAAUGCUAAGAAAUUGUAAACAGUCAUUGGUGGGUAUUUGUUAUUGCUUUUCCAGCUUUGUUUUCUUUAAUGAGAUUAAUAAUUUUACUAGUUAAAUACAAAUUAGAUACUCCUUACUACUAUUUCAGUGUUGAGAAAUUUUAAGAAGGUAUUGAAAUACUCAAGGAACUGUACAAAGAAAAGUAUGUUCUGAAUGAAUGCUAAAAUAUUUUAGCUACUUUCCCUAAAAAAGUAAGAGCAUCUUAUAUAGCUUAUAGAAAUAAACAACAACAACAAUAGGAUAAAUCAAUUGAUGAUUAAGUAAAUUAAAUAGAGGAUGACUCUUAAGGAAACUAAAAGAAUGUUGAUAUUACAAGCAACAGUAAUCUGAACUAUGAUAAUGAUGAUGAUUAUUUUAAUGAAUAAAAUAAUUAAUAUCCUUUAGAAGGAGUGGAUAUUUAUUCAAAUUCAUAACUAGAAUACAAUUGUAUUCAAGAUUUAAAUGAUAUUCAAGAAAGCUUUACUCAAAAAGCAAAAGAAUAAAAAUAAAAAUCACUGUACAAAAGAAUGAGAAGAGGAAUGAUUUUGAAUUUGUUUUAACAAUUAACUGGAAUCAAUUAUAUUAUUUAAUAUACUAGCACAAUAUUAAAAAAUAUAUUAAGUAAUAGUGAUAACUUUAGAGUUAACUAAGAAUUUUCUUACUUUAGUAAAAAUAGCAAUAUUUUAACUGAAAUAGUAUUACUAAGUAACAUUUUCCUGUUAAUGGCAGCAUUUGUUGGCUCAUUCUUAAACAAGUCUUUUGGAAGAAGGUACUACCUGUUUGGUGGCUAUUUAAUAUGUGGUUUUCUUCAUUGUAUCUUUGCUAUUAUUUCCUAUUAAUAUAGAGAUAGCUAAGGAUAGACAUUCCAAGCAAUUUUUAUUAUUGUCUUUGUGUUUGUAUUUUAUGGAACUUUUAAUUGCUCAAUUGGACCUGUGACUUGGAUUUAUACUAGUGAUAUUUUGAAAGGAAAAUAUCUUUUUUGGAGUGUAGGAUGCAAUUGGUUUGGAGUGUUUUUGGCUUCUUUAUUGUAACUCAACGAUAAUUACUAAUACUAAUAUAUUAAUUUUUCUUUAUUCUCGUUUUUUUGCUUUAUAGGAGCAGUUUAUUCUUACUAUAAAAUAAUUGAAACAGAAGGCAAAAGAUAUUUUGAAAUUAUUAAAGAAUAUGCUGAAUGA